CUGGCACCCGGCGCCCGGUCGGCGGGCUGCGGCCGGCACGGCGCGGGGUUUGAAGCAGCGCCGCGCACCCGGAGGAGGAGCGCCGUGGGCCCUGCCCUGGUCCUACUGCCGGGUCCCCGACCCGCAGGUCCCAGGUCCCGGCGCGGCGGUCCCCAUGAGCGCCAGUGACUUUGGCUUUAGCUAGGUGGGUCGUCACCAGGAUGACAGCCUUGCACCAAAUCAGAGGGCGGCGCUCGCCGGGAGCCCCGGGCGUCACCCGGAGCUCCCGCGGAUUAGAACUCGCCUCUCCUAGCUCCUCCCCUCAGUCCCAUUUAAAGCUCCCACGGGCUUUACCGAAAAAAUUAAGAGCGGGCUCAGUUUCUGCAGCGUCUUCUUCCACUUCAAGAUGAACACAGUUCUGCCUUGCCAAGACCAGUACUUUGUAGGAGGCCAGAACUAUAAUUGCCCGUAUUCCACUACAACGUCAGAAUCUAGUGUUGACGUUUCCACGGAGACUUGGGUCUCUUUCUGGGCUGCUGGUCUCCUGGACAACAGAGAGCCCCAACAAGCACCACAGGCACAGGAAACAUCCAGUGACUCAAAUUUCCCUGUUCCUACCUUGUGUUCUUGGGAAGAGGCUCAGCUUUCCUCUCAGCUCUACAGAAACAAGCAGCUCCAGGAUACUCUGGUGCAGAAGGAAGAAGAACUUGCUAGGUUACAUGAAGAGAACAACCAUCUCAGACAAUACCUGAAUUCUGCUUUAGUUAAAUGUCUUGAGGAAAAGGCCAAGAAAUUGCUGUCAUCAGAUGAGUUCUCCAAAGCAUGGGGAAAGUUCAGAAAGGGGAAGAGGAAACCCAAAGAGCAAAGAUAUUUUCCUCCUGAGAUCCCCCAUCACAAAAAUGCCAAGAGAAAUCUCUCUAGUGAAUUUGCUAACUGUGAAGAACAACCUGGGCCCCCUGUGGAUCCCUGGGUCCUUCAAACACUUGGGUUAAAAGACCUCAACACCAUUGAUGACACCUUAUCAGCUAACUACAGUGCCCUCUCCUCUCAUCCCACAAGAAUCAUCAGCACAUUUCCCCAGUUCCCAGAUGAUGCAGUUGAUUAUGAAAAUGCUCCCCAGGAGGAUCUGCCAAUUGACUACGGAGGUGACAGACCAGCCCCGUCGCACAGCACUGCCAGCCACAGGGAAGAUUUUCCCUUCCUUUCUCAACUUUCAAAUCCACCAGGAGGGCUGCAAACUCUUCCUUACUAUGCUUCUGAUGUGUCACCCAACAAGACAGAGAUGGCCUUUUCCACAUCCCUGAGUCCUCACUGUAAUGUGAAAACUCAUUCCUUCCACCAGGGUCAAGCCUUUGUUCGUCGCGAUGAAGACGGAGGCUGGAAGUUUACCUGGGUCCCUAAGCAGUCUCAGUGACCACUCCUCUAUCACAAAGGACUGCCGCGAACUCUGUUUACAAAGACCUCUCUUGCACUUGAACCUGACUACGUGGAAUACGGAAGCUAUUGCCCAGACUGUUUCCUGCCACUUUAAGUGUCACUCUCAAUUACCCACUUAAAUCUGCAGAGAAUAGGUUCCAAGAAUCCAUAAUGAAACAUACCUGCUCUUCUUUCACCUAAAUUUGACUUGUUUACACCGCAACACCUGCUGUUGACUUCCUUCCUUUGCCCUAUACUUGAAAAGGUAUUUUCCGAUUGCCUGAAUAGUCCUUUGAGACCUACCUAUGCUGUCCUAACUAUAAUGGGUCUGACGGCUUUUCCUCUUUCAUCAAGUGAUCUGAGUGUUCGCAGAGUUCACCCUUCCACCCGUCUCCCUCUCCUGCUCCUCUUCAUUUCUGAAAACUGCCUUUAGAAUGAGCGCUAUUAUUGCUCCAACUGCCUGUUAUUGAGUGUUCAAAUAGCUGAGGAUGGGGUAGAAACAAGUGUCUUUGCCCAUCACCACUUGAAGACAUAAUGAGAGUAAUGUCCUGUGUAGAUGUGAGUAAUGUUAUGUGUAGGGCAGUUCAGUAAGUUGAGUGUCCCGCAGUAGAGUUGACAGCGAAUCUCUUCUAACACCUAUAACUCUACUGAUAAGCAAUACCACUCGUAAAAGAUGAAAGAGAAUUAAAAUUACUUCAAAACAGCCCGUGGUAGAUCAGCUUCCAUAGGCAUCUGACAUUGUGUCUUUAACCAACAUGGCUCAAGCAAGAACAUUUUGAGGGACUUGUGGUAAGAGAACGAGUCAUCACCCUAAACUACUCAGAUGCUGACAAACUUCUAUUCUGUGAAAGCAUAGUCCAGCCUAGCCUGGCACUGUCUCACUCAUUCAUGUAUUCAUUUUUUCAUUCAUCAACCCACGCUAAAUUUCUGUAGAACACCUACUAGACCAGGCACUGUGCUGUGGGGUGGUGAUAAAAUGUCACCAAGUUAGACACUGUAGCCACCCCAUGAAACUUAGAGCCGCUCAUUUACUGUGACCUUGAGAAAGCUAGUUCCCUGGCGUGAAGAUUCAGUUUUCCCAGCUGGAGAAUACAGAAGUUGGACUAAAUAAUUACUAGCAUUCUCUGAAUUGAGGCUGGUUGCCAUCAGCUUUACUCAAACACUGCCAUCCCAGGUCACUGUUGUCUUCAGUUCUGAUAGGCACUGCAGAUAUGUUGGGUAAACUUUAUAAACAAUUGAAAAAAAAUGUGAACCAUUUGUAAUUAACACUAGAAAUCGUUGCUCUGAUCACAGUAUUCUUUUCCUGGCAGGAGCCUGUUUUACAGGUGAAUUCAGUCAGUCAAGCUGUGUGAGAAUAACUUGCAUCUAAAAAAUAGAGACAUUAAUUUUUAAAUAAAUGUGCAUAGAUUUAAUGCAAAUGUUGACAUCAAAGAUUUCUCUCUUUCUCAAUAAAAAUAAUGUAUUCUUAGUGCUCAUGCUAGUUCCCCUUUCCAAUCCCCCAAGCUCCCUAUCCUUCCCAGAAUAAUUUACACAUCAAAGAUGUGCACCUAUGUUUUUUUGGACCAAACUUCAGUUAAUGAUAAAAUCCACUAUGUUGAAUGUCUUUCCCAUUUUUGUCUUUUCCACAUCUCAAUAAGCCACCUUGUGCAGUCAGUGCCUGAGAGCAGAAGGGUGCUGUUUGACGUUCUUUGUAAUGAAGACGUGAUUUGUUGCUAUUGCUGUUCGGUUUUUGCUUUAUUUUGGUGAUGUGAGCGAAUAAUAUAUUUUAUAAAGUUUUGUUACCACCCAGUUUUCUUUAUAAUCUGUGAAGAAGAAUGCAAGAUAUUAAUUCAUAUUAUCCUCUGGAGUAUUUUCAUGACUUAGGAAGAGAGAGAACACAUUCUAUGUUCUAAAAAAACCAAAAAAAAUGCCUAGUACAUUCUAGUACGUGUGCUCCUGGUGUGGGUGAAAUUUAUCUCUUUUUAAAAUAGCAACUUUAAUAAUUAGAAUUGGCUUUAUUUUAAUACAUUAGGAAUCAAGAAAGCAACAUAACUGUUUUGAAAGUCUAAAUGAUGAAACUGUAAAACGAAAUCGAUCAGUCAACAAAUAUUUGUUUUGCAUUUUUUAUGCACCCUUAUCAUGUGUUAUGUACCAUGAGGAAGUACCCAGGCUUAGCACAGUGCAUUUGGUACAUAAAACAAAGCCACAAAAAAUGUAAUAACUUUUAAACGAAACUUGGUCUCACCCUGGUUUUAAGAAAUUAUAGCACAUUUGUGGUAAAUUAUGAUAACUUGCUCUGGCUUAUAUGGAAGAAAAUUACCACAUCUUUUCACAAUCAUAUCUACAGACAUUUGAUAUUCAUUUGAAUUAUAUAUAGAAAAUUAUUUUGUUAAUGUUUAAAAAGUUACAAAUUUCUCUCACCUGAGUAUAUGUGCUAACUUUUGGGGUAUUACCAUACCCCUCCAGUAAAACGCAGUUAAUAUUUUACUAAUAUAAAGUGAGAAAUAAAAAUUAAAUACUUUUGUGAUUGUGAUGAAUAUUGUUAUAUUGUGCAUAACGUUUUCUAAUAAUGGAUUUUCUUCUCCUAGGUUUUAACCAUAAUCCUGUUGAUUUGCACCUCUUUUGUAUGAUGCGUGUGGCCAGACUACUCUCUUCAGCAUUUAGGGUUUAAUGGUUCUUUCUCUUAUCCAGGAUACAUUAAUGAGGCUUUUAGAUGUUAAGUGGCCUAAAGGGUCAAAUGCCUUGUGCGUACAGCACUCUCUUACCUAACCUCCCAUAAAAAUUAGAAUCUAGUAUCAAUUUUUAAAAUUUGAUGACAUUUCCAAUGUCCUCUGAUCAUCUGAAAAUAAAUCAAACUUGUAUCUCACCAGUAUCUGAAAAAUUACACCAAUUGGAAAACCUCACUUAGGCAGGCGGCAUUUAACGCAUGGGAUUAUUUAAGUCUGCAGUGAUACUAAACUAUAAUUUUAAAACAUUUGAAGAAAAGAAAGCAGUGAGCCAACAAAAAGAAUUUCUCUAUUUGAUCUAUUUCAAGAAGACAGAAAUUUUCUUUUAAAGUAUGACAAAUCAGUUCAACAACCGACCUUCAUGAUAGGUGCAGAGGAAAGUGUGGAGUUAAUACAUCCAGUCAUAACAUUUGAUAAGUUUACUUCUGUAAAGUUGAGAUACACAGUUACCAAAAGAUUUGCAUAAGGUAAAUAUCAAAUACAUCAUUUUUCUUUAUUUUUCACUAAACCAAAUGAAAUUGGCUUACAAGCUACAAUUAUAUGGUAUA